GGCCCCGGUCCCGGCGGGAUGCGGCUGCCGGAGCUGUGCCUGGCGCUGCUCUGCGCCGCCGCCGCCGGGCCCAGCUCCCCGGGGCCGGCCCCGGAACCGCCGCCGGGCCCGGGAGCGGCCACGAGGAGGGAGGAGGGAGGCGGAGGACCGGGGGCGGCCGCCCCUCGGGCCGGCGACGUGGACCCCCGCCAGGCGUGGAUGCUGCUGGCCGGGAGCACCGGGCGGGCGAGCGGCAGCCGGGCCCGGGGCAGGAAGGGCACGGAACGGGGUGGGCCGGGGGCCGGUGCAGCAGCGGUACCGGCCAGCGGCCCGACUCCGGGAAAAUCAGCCCAGGCUGCCUCGAAAUUCGGUGUGCCGGGCGCUGACCCUGCCCCCGCCGUACUGGAAGAGCUGCUGAAGGAGCUGCAGCUCCUUAUGAAAGGCCUGGUGAAGGAGCAGGUGAAGGCACGCAGGAAGGCCUGGGAAGGGCACGAAGAGGAGGAAAGCCCUAAAGACAAACCCCGGGCUAGGUCCCGUCCUCGUGUGGAAGCAGCCUUUUACUGCCGGACACGUGAAAACAUCUCUGUGGAGCAGAGAGCGUGGCAGGAGCUGCAGCUCUAUUACAUUCCAGAGAGGGAGGGGAUGUUCCACCGUGGCUCGGGGCUGAACCUGACCAGCGGGCAGUACACAGCCCCCAUCGCAGGGUACUACACCUUCACCGCCACACUGCGCAUUGCGCGCAGAGAGCAGCGGAGGAAGGGGCAGCCGUGUAGAGGGAACCGCCUGCGGGUGCUGAUCUGCGUGCAGUCCCACUGCCAGCACAACAGCAAUUUGGAGACCGUGUCCCAGCUGGAGAACGGCAGUGACCUUUUCACCAUCUCUGUCACCGGAAUCCUUUACCUACAGCGCCAUUCUGCUGGGGGUGUGAAGAGGCCCUGGGCACCACGCAGGGAGCUGAACCUGUGCCAGAGCUGGACCCUUCCCUCUGCCAGCCACUGUCAUGCCUCCCCUGCUCAGCACCAAGCCCAGGGAAGAUCUUUUGCUGCUGCAGGAGCUGCAGGCUGAUCCGAUACUGCAGGUGCUGCAGAACCAUCUGAAGCUGGACAGAUUGGGGAGGAAAGGCUAAUAAUAAUAAAAAAAGCAGCCUGACAAGGA